CUUGAGGGCGGGUAUGAGAUGACUAGCUUCGGUGUUGAGGCACGGCCGGUUGAUUUUACGGCUUAGGAUGGAUGGGAUGGGUGUUUUCGGUUGUAUUAGCGGGUUGGCAUCGAUCUGGAGUCUGGGGUUGGGGGAAUUUCUAGGGAUCUCUGAGCUGUCUGGCCUGGUCUGGUUACGGGAUUGUCUCAAUGGCGGGCGGGAUCUUGGCGGAAUAAUUACCCAAGACGGCGUGUCUUUUGCAGAUUAUUAUUAUAAGUCGAGAAAUGACUGCUGCGGUUAGCAG